CGGAGGGCGGGAAGUGAUGCGCUCUCCCGGCUUCCGCCGGCGGCACCGGCCGCCCUCAUGGCGGUUUAUUUGACUCCGCGGUUCAGGAGACUCCGGAGUCAGAGCGAGUUAGAGCCGCGGCGGGGCAGCGGGCGGUGGCGGCGAGAUUGUGAUGGUCCUUUUCAAGCAACUCAGCUGUGGAAUAGUAUUAUUCAUGCUCUUCACAGUCAGGUGGAAAUCAAAAGACGUAGGCAACAUCUGAAAACAUAUAAAAACUGUUUUACUGGCUCAAAUGCUGUUGAUGUGGUACUGAGCCAUCUUAUGCAAAGCAUGUACCUAAGCUGUACUGAUAUUUCUCGGCUGAAGGGAGUACGUGUAUGCCAAGCGUUGAUGGAUCACAAGGUGUUUGAGCCAGUUGGAGCAAAGCUUUACUUAUUCAAGAAUGAGAAAGAAACAGAGUUUGAAGACACAAACACUAGUCUCUAUAAAUUUGUAAAUAGCAGUCUUAGUCCUCCUCUUCUGAGAAAGAAUAAAGACAAUGAGAGCUUGUCUCCUGAGCAAAUCUGCAAACAGAAGCCAAACAGACAUUCCAACAGAAUGAAGUGUGAAACAACACUUUCAAACCCCAUAGCCUUAGAAGCAGCCGAUAAAAAGAGGGUAGAAGAGCUUCUUCGAUCAAUAAAUGUUCACACAUCUUUACCUCCAAAGAUCAUGGUUAAUGAACCAACUCAUCUGCUUUCAGAAAGAGUAAUAGAAGAUGUCUGGAAACAGCAAACUCUGCUACGACUGCUGCAGUUGAUUGAUGUUCCGCUUCUAGAAGAUAUCUUGGUGUCUUCAGUGAAGCAAAAACCAGACUGUUUUGGCAAAGAAGAAGACCUGAUUAUCUCAAAUACUUUCCUGGACAGAGAGGUUAUAUGUAGCUUAAACUUGCCUGAGCUUGACAAAUGGCUCUAUGCUGCAAUUGAAUGCUUGGAGUAUUUCCCAGACCAAUUCAUAGUGAUGGUUAGUCAGCAGUUAUCUCAAAGCACUAACAAACCCAGCAGUCUGAAUACAUACAAGAAGAUUCUUUUUGACAUUAUAAUAAAGUAUUAUAGUCAAAAGAAGGACUCCCUUCUUGCCACUCAGGAUCUCGAUAUUCAUUCAGGAAUUAUAGAACUUAUAGAAAAAGGAAAAACAGAUCAAGCUCUAGAGGCAUCACAACUUUAUUUAAAACUAUUAGCACCAAAUAUCCGAGAAGAGCUACAUAGACUCUUGACAUUCAUCGCCAUUGCAUCCGAAUCUGAGGGCUACAAAUUACAAAAGCAAUUUGAUAACAGAUCGGUGAUCAUCAAGACUUGCACGAAGUUCAUCUUACAGAAUAAGACAUUGUCCAAGCCACAGGCAGAACUGCUGACUCAGUUUCUGAUGGACAAUCACUCUGAGCUAUUCAAGACUCCUUUAACUCUUCUGGAACUAACUAGUAGGAGACUUGAGAGUUUGCUAGAAGGACAAGAUCUGGAUAUUGAUUCAGGCUUCACCUUCUGUCAGCGUGUGACAGCUAAAGAAUACGAAGAUCAAAAACAACGAACAAAUCAGUAUCUUCUCGCAUUGGUUCAAGAGAUGGACAGUGACCCCGCUAUUCCUUUGAAGCAGAAGAAGAAAUUAAUUAAAGAAUUCCGAAAAUACCAUUCUCUCGUUUACUGUAGUGGUUGUAAAACUAAAUGAAUUUUGUACUCUAAAUGGUUAGACAUCAAUACAGCCAUGUUGGUUUUUUUUUUUAAAGUAGGGAAUGCAUAUGAAAACUGCUCAUGAUACAAACCAAUUACAAACUGGUAAUAGGUUGUGUUAACUUGUGUAUGUGUUUAAAUGACCUGGCCCUAUUAGAUGUCAAGGAAUGUGGUUGAAAUCUCCGUCCAUGCGUCCCCGUUUAUGCACUUGUUGUUUGACAGUGCAGUGUAAAAUAAUUUCUGGAGGAGGAAAAAAAGACUGUUUCGCCUUUCAGAGAUGAAUGCCUUAAUUGCUAGACUACAGGGCUAAAUAUAGUAACAUGGUAAUUUGUAGGCUAGAUGGACUGGGAAUUGCUUUGGGAAAUACUGUAUUUUUAAAAAACAAAUUCUUGCACUUUGGCUUGAUUAGAAUUUUCUUGUGCUAAUUUAAAGGUGAUAAUAAAGCAUUGCAUAACAA